AUGACCUUGAAGAAGAAGGUGAGAAUUGCUGCUUCUCCGAGCGACAACAAGGAGAACAGCUCUUCGUCGGAAAGUACAAUGAAAACAAAAUCUUCGAGCUCGGGUUCACUCAAUAUAAAAUCAUUGAUUGCAAACAAACAGCAGAAGAGAAGGAAUGUUGAACAAAAUCAUCAUGACCAUUCCGAUCCUAAUGACGAUGAAAAAUCAUCAAAGAAGGUUAAAUUCAGCGCUAAUACGAAUGGAGAAAGUAUUUCAAUUUUGGAUAAAUUGAGAAACAAAUUUAUACAUGCAUCAAUGAAAGCAGAACAAGGAGGGAUGAAGAGAUUCACCAACAAAUUUCAUAUGGAUCCAUUUGCUUCCUUGUUAUCCCCCAAGAUGGAAAUUCCAGAAAGUUUUGCCGCACAGCACCACAUUGACGAAUACACGAUGAAUAUUCCAAAAUAUCAUUUUCAAAACACUCAAAAUCCAAUAUUUAUUGAAUAUCGUACCAAUGACCUGAGCGACAAUUCCUAUCAGAAGCUUUGUGUCUGUAUUGAUUUUGAUAAGAAGGUCAAAGAUGUUUGGUAUCAUCACUUUUAUAGACCUUGGCAGGGUGAUGAAUUAAAGGAUGUUGUUGAAAAAUUGGAGAGCCGAGAAAUGACAGUCAUAGAUACUAUCAAUUCUGAAACUGUGGAUGGAGAUAAGGCACUUGUUUUGGGAGACAUGAUUCAAUUUGUGGGUACCAUGAAGGAAGAAGAAUUGAAUGCCAUUUACAAGUCUUUCACGAAGGAAGAGCGUGUGAAAAAAUUACUAUCCACUGAAUUGAGCGAGAAUGAGAAAUUGGAGGACGUAUUCAUUACAGAAACGAAGAAAUCCAAAUUUGAAUUCAGCAUUGAAGAUACACCCUUGGCUGGAAGCAACUCAUCUACCAAUAUUUUGGAUAAGAUCAAACGAGACAAAUCCUACACGUUGAACGAGCUUUUGGUCGAAGAUGACCUUAUUCGAAAAUGGAAGGAAUAUCUUGAUCAAGUGACGGAAGACGAAAAAUCUUCAGCCAAGUCCCAACAAUCCAAUCAAUCCUCACAUGCUGCUCUAAGGUUGAAAAUUAAGACAGGAUCAUCCUACAGUAACCCAAAAAGUAUCACACCUCCUACUCACUUCCGAGAUGAUUUUCAAGGUCGAUUAUUCGCCAUUAUGAAUGAUUAUAGAGAUUUAUAUUUCCCAAAUUGCACUCUCGAUAACCAUAGAGUUUGUGUAGAGACGUAUACUCUUCAUAUUGUGAAUCAUUUGCUCAAAACAAAACGAUAUGAAUGGUACAAUGACACAAAAAGAGAAUUCUAUUCAAAAGAACAAUAUACCGUUCGAGAUGACAGCUACAACACUGCUAAAAUUUUGGUAUUGGUGCCAAACCGUUUUGUUGCUUUCCUUAUUGUAGAACUCAUGCUUGAAUUGAUUCCAAAACUUCUCUCUAUUCGAAGACGGGAAGCUUUCGAGUUGACCUUUGAUGCUGACGAGGACGAUGAAGAAAUUAAAAAGACAAAACCAGUUUGGUGGCAACAAAUUUUCGAAGGAAAUACUAAUGAAGAGUUCAGUUUAGGUCUGAAAUUGAAAGAUCAUCAUGGACAAUUGGAGAUUAUGGCCCCUGUUGCUGAGUCUGAUGUUAUCAUAGCUACACCUAUUGGAAUACAAUUGGAAAAUGUUGCAGACAGAUACGAGAGAUUUUUAUCAUCGAUUGAAGUUUGCAUUAUUGAUCAAUGUGACAAGUUAUUAAUGCAAAAUUGGGAACAUGUCACCAAGACUUUGGAUAUUGUCAAUGUUGAGGAACAGCAAAAAUUCACUUUUGAUCUUGAUUUUGACAUUUUGAAGGAAUAUCAUAUUCAAGGAUUCGCCAAGUACUUUAGGCAAACCAUUGUCCUAAGCUCAUACAUGAGUCCUGAUAUAAAUGGGCUCGUGACCAAAUACUGCAGGAAUAUGAGAGGACUCGUGAAAACUAGAUCCUUCUAUGAUGGAGUGUUAACACCUCUUGCAGGAAAUAUUCCUCAAAUUUUCGAAAGAAUCUCUUGUACCGAUCCAACAGCAGUCGACGAUGAACGAUACAACUAUUUUGUGAACGCUGUGUUUCCUCGAUUCAAAAACAGCAUGGAUGGCAGAUUUCUCAUCAUUGUAUCUUCCUAUUUGGAUUUUGUUCGAUUGAGAAAUUAUUUUGACAUGUGCAACAUUCCAUUCUUUGGAAUUUCAGAAUACACUGAAAAAACGAAAAAUGUUCUCACAAAAUUCAGACAAGACAGUGCCAACUUUUUAGUGUAUACAGAACGACACUUUUAUUACCAUGCACCAAAAUUGGCAGAUUUCAAAAUCAAUCAAAUAGUGUUUUAUUCACUUCCAGAAAAUGCAUUCAUUUAUGAAAUUUUUGGAAAGAAAGGAAUUAACAUUCGAUCUCAAUAUCCAUCGUGUCGAAUCUUGUCAUUAUUUACCACAUUUGAUGCUCUCAAAUUGGAACGUAUUGUUGGAACCCAACGAUGCAAGCAUUUGCUCACUUCUGAUACUGAUAUUAAUUUAAUUGACAAGUAA